AACAAAAAGACCGUGGCAUAGAAACGCUCCGGUUGGAAGCCUGAGGCGGCCGUCGCUCCGACCAACAGUCAGUUAGACGCGAUCGGCAGUUCGAGGAGGACCUUCGUGAGAGGUGCAUGUUGUCGACGAGGCCGGCGAAGAUCGCGUGUGUUAAGUCACGGUCACGUGCUAAGGGUGGGAACCGUCGCCAACAUUUUCCCCCAGGAGUUGAUACGCGUCCCCACCGUGGAGAAUCGAGGACCCGUCACACUGGAGCCCUCGUGCCCCAAGCGAAAAAAGAACGACAUUCGAAAUGACGUGGACAAGGAACCAAAAGACUUGACCAACAGAACAAUGUUUCCUACGGCUCAGAUUAAAAUGAGGCUGAUGUCGCCUAGCAGUUCCCCCGCUACCUCUCCGACGAUGUCAAAUUCGUCAUCGCCGACCCCUCCAGCCGUCAACUACAACAAAAUUACAGGAAUUCCGUGCGUGGCCGCCGCCUCCCGGUAUACCGCCCCCGUGCACAUCGACGUCGGCGGCACCAUCUACACCUCAUCGCUCGAGACACUCACCAAAUAUCCAGAAUCGAGGCUGGCCAAGUUGUUCAAUGGAAGCAUACCCAUAGUACUCGACUCACUCAAACAACACUACUUCAUUGACCGAGAUGGAGGCAUGUUCAGGCAUAUUUUGAACUUCAUGAGGAACUCAAGACUGCUUAUACCAGACAAUUUCACUGAUCUGGACUUGCUUCUAGAGGAAGCCAGAUAUUUUGACAUUGGACCGAUGAUCCGACAACUGGAGCAGUUGAAGAAAGAACGAAUAAAGAACAACGGCGUUAUUUCCCUCCCCAACAACUCGUUGAAAUCCGGGGGCAGUUUCGGCCGCCCCCACGGCGUGAGUUCUGAAAACUCCCGGCAACUUGGACAAGAACUUUACGAAUGUGUAGCCCUCCACGUAAGCCCCGACUUGGGGGAGCGCAUCAUGCUCUCCGGCGACCGCUCGCUCCUCGACGAGGUGUUCCCCGAGACCAAUCAAGCCGUGAUGGACGCCCGGUCCGGGGUAGCCUGGAACCAGCAGGACGUCCACCACGUGAUCCGCUUCCCGCUCAAUGGCUACUGCAAACUGAACUCAGUGCAGGUGAUAACGAGGCUGCUGAACGCCGGCUUCAAACUGGCGGCGAGCAACGGCGGCGGCGUCGAAGGCCAGCAGUUCUCUGAGUACCUGUUCAUAAGGAAGAUCUUGCCGGGUUGAUCGGACUCGAUCCGGCAAAUCGACAAUCAGCGUUCGUGACGCAACUAUUCAUUAAUUUAUGUUCUCGUUAGUUGUAAUUUAUCAUCCUAUUGUCAAGACAUGCCUUACUUUAGUUUGGAGAAUGAUCUAAUUGUUAAUACGUUUGUUUGCUAGUGGUUAAGAUUAAAACUAUGUAAAUAAUUUUAUUAAUAUUGUAUUUUUUCUUGUUCAUGGGUUGAGCAUUUUUUUCGCUGAUCUCAUUAGAUCUAUUCGGCUGUGAUCCGUUUAAGAAAACAGUGACGACUGGAUGCUGCGGCAGCUGGCGGAUCGACCAUUAUAUACUGUUGUAAAGUGUACUACUUCACAAUAAAUAUUAACUAUUAA